UCCUUGAGAACUUGGAGGAGAGAAAGAAAGAGAAAGACAAGCAAGCAGGCAGGCACGCACACGUAUACAGGAACUCAUGGCAACCCGCGAGUUUGUCCUCACACUUUUAGUGCUAUACAGCAGCACAGCAUCAUUGGUCCUCGCUCAAAAUGAGACCACAUAUCUGCACAAGCUUCCCUCUGGCCGGACAGUGUUGUGCAACCGCUGUGGUCCAGGAUUCCGUCUGCAGCAGCACUGCACGGAGACACGCCCUACCAAGUGCCAACCGUGCAAUGAUGGAUUCUACACCAAGUACUGGAACUACAUCUAUGAUUGUCUACCAUGCGACUGGUGUUCUUCAGAUGAGGUCAUGGUACAGGAAUGCACGAGGUCCAGUAACCGUGUGUGUGCGUGCAAGGAGGGCUUUUACCGCGACUCGUACAGCUGCCAGCCACAUACGGUGUGUCCAGUCGGAUACGGAGUCAAAGAAAAAGGGACUCCAUACACAGACACGGUGUGUGAGUAUUGCAGGAAUGGAAGUUAUGCAGUCGGACAACCGGGAAACACCAAAUGUGUUCCACACACACCGUGCAAAUCAGAAGAGAAGCUUCUGUUCCAUGGAACCAGCCAUUUGGACAACGUGUGUGUUACCUGCAACAGUAUUGCACAAGAUGGUUGGGUAAAUAUCCUCAAGCAGUCCUUAAUAGAAAUUGUCAAGCAUCACAAUACUAAGAUGCUCCAUCGCAUCAUUAGGCAAUUAACUAAUUCAAAGAACAUUCGUGCAUUACGGUCUGUCACAGACCAGGACACUUGGAUUCAGCAGCUGCAGCAGUGGCUUAGCAAGGCGACAGAGCAGCAAGUCAGCAGCCUUCCCGGACUACUGCAUGAGUUCAAUAUGAAGAGCCUGGCAACCAAAAUCGAGAGCAAAAUUAAUAGGAUUCAAGAUGAAGUCAAUCUGUGCAGAAACACUUUGAUUAUCUCUUAAUUGAUCCCCUUCUGAAGCCUCUGUUCCUUCACGAGUGCAUUCUGUUUUCUUUGCACAUACACAUAUGUUGAUAAAGGGAGACCCACAAAUGUCCUGACUGCAGAUUAAUGAGUGUGUAUGAGAGAUUAUAAUUGGUCAAUGUUA